UGAAUCCCUAGUCCCUAGGAUUGGCAACGGGAGUCCUUUGGCUGGUGAAUUUGUUGGAUGAAGACAUUUACUAUUUGGAGAAAUGGCCUGGGUGAGCCUAACCCAGAGAAACAUUCUACAUUUCUCUGUCUCAAACAAAGUCCUCUGGCCAUUCCCCUGGGAGGUCGAAGGCUGGCUCUCUCCAAGGCCUUUGCCUCUCGUUGGGGACGGUCCCCUGGGGGUCUUGGCUUCCAUUUCAGGCCCAGCCAGAGGACAAGAAUGCCUGUAUGUUCCAGUGUGGGUUUCUGAGCGGGCAGCCUUGCCAUGCAUAGCUCGUACCUCAGGCAGGCAGAGGCACUGCUGUACCCGCCAGCCAGCCCUGAGAGGACCAAGCCGGGCCCUGAGCCAGGACAGACUGAGAUGGGCUCUAUGUGUCCUGCUGCAGAAGCCUUGACAGUUCACUGCUGUGUGACCUGAUCGCUCAGCCUGCCUUAGAUUCAGCCACAUAGUCACAGCGCUUGACAUUUAAUACCUUAUGAGAUGGAGAGGUCACAGUCCCAGCCUCUGGUUGUGACUGACCGAUGAUAGCUUCUCCCUGUGUCUGCAUAUAGCCACUCUCUGUGUGUAUGUCCCCAAACCUUCUUCUUACGAGGACAUAGGCAUGUGGAAGAAGACCCCUUCCCCCACUUUCACACAGCCGCGUCUGGAAAAGGCACUGUCUACAAGUGCAUCACAUUCUGACAAGGUGGGGUUGACUUUGAGUGUGGGAACUCUGUGGAGAAUGAUCAGCUCACCCCGUCAGCUGUUGUGGGAGAGUUGUCAGCUUAUGCGGCCUCAGUUCCCCAUCACGGGUGGCUGCCUUAAAACCGUGUUUCUCUCAGGCCUCCCGAGGCCUUCCGGGGGCAUGCAUUUGUUGCUGUUGUCCUUGGGGGUGUCACUCCUGCCCCUACCUUGGGCACAGGAGUCUGGUGAUAAGGAUUCAUUAGCAGGGGACUGUUCUGCCAUCAGCCCUCUGCUUGGACCAGGUGGGCUUUGAGGUGUCAGGGUCCCCCUGACUUGGGGCAGGCGGUGCUGUUGGACGUAGGCUGUAGAGAUCAUGGAUGAGCCUCACAGGACCGGGAGGCUCUGCUACAGGGGAUGGUUCCCAGCGUGGGUGGGAGGUCUGCUGCCUCAGGAGGCUGCUUUUGGAGGCCUCAUGGUUGAGGUAUCCUUUUCUCAGAUAGAGUCAGACCUGGGCAAGAGAGCAGUUACCCAGUAGUGCCUGCUGGGCUGCCCAGGUUCUCCCUAGGCUGCUGCUUGCCAGCCACUGUUGAAUGGGGUGGGGUUGGGUGGGGUGUGCAUGCAUUCUGCCACUCGGCUGCUGCUGCAGAGGAAGGACAUAUGGACUGUGUGUGUCAAUCGAGGCCCAUUAGAGUAAACUCAGGCUGGGAACAGCCUACCAGUUGAGCCAUAUCCCUCCUCUGCCCCCCUUCCCCAGCUACUUUUUGGAUUCUUUGAGACAGGGUCUCUCUAUGUAGCCAUAGCUGUCCAUGAUGUCAGUCUGCAGACCUGGUUGGCUUUGCACUCACAGAGACUCACGGUGUUUGCUUGUGAGCGCUGGGAUUAGAGACGUGCAUGACAAUGUUUGGCUGUCCCAGCUGCUUGUCUGUUCUGUGGGGCAUGCUCUUUCUAGGAUUGGGGUUUGAGACACGUGUUCAAACCUGGAAGUUUUGAGGCCCAUAUUCUUUUCUUGACUUUACGUCAUGCUUCCCUCCAAAACCAAGGUCAGUGGGCACUGUACUGCAAUCCUGAGGUUCAGCUAACGUCAGGGGCAGGUACCUUCAGAGAGGAACCUGGGACAGGGUGGUGCCGGUGAGCAGGGAGCUGAAGGGUGCAGAGAAAGCACUGUAAAGCUUCCAAAAUGUCCUUCAACAAGGGCAGUAACCACUGUAACUAUGAAGGAAGAAUGGGAAGAUCCCCUCUCUGCCCUCCCCAAAAGCAUCGUCUGUCACGUGGAGCCUGAUGGAUUCAGCUCUCAGUUCCACAGGCUUGUGUGGCUACGUUCUGCUAAGUUUGAACAUGAUGGAGAUGCUGAACCCUUCUCAGCCAAGGUGUUAGCGAGCCUCCAGUCAGGCCGAAACCACAAAGGAAAUGUAAACAAGGAAGUCUCAGGGGUGAUGAAAGACUUGCUGUGGAGAAGGAAGAGCUCUGGGGCUGAGGGACAGUGCCCUAGCAAGGAUGGCCUUAGAAGGAGACCUUCACUGGCCAGACUCAGGCCUCUGUGGAGAAUGUGGAGAAGGUGAUCCAAACCUCUGGGAACAGACUGACUGUGGUCUGCCUGAGCCAGCGCUGGUCUGUGGGCCAUUGCGCCCGCCGAAGCCCCAGUACCAGUCUCCGUUUCUGCAGACUGCCCAGUUCAUCUUCAGCCACCGCUACUUUGACUACCUGGGGAACCUCAUUGCUCUGGGAAACCUCUUGUCUAUUUGUGUUCCUGGUGCUGGACUCAAACCUGCUGCCUGGGGAACGGAACGACUUUGUCCUGGGGAUUCUCAACUACAUUUUCAUCUUGUACUACCUGCUGGAGCUGCUGUUCAAGGUGUUCGCGCUGGGCCUACGGGGCUACCUGUUCUACCACAGCAACGUGUUCGAUGGCCUCCUGACCAUCAUCCUGCUGGUUUUGGAGAUUUCUACUCUGGCCGUGUACCGAUUGCCGCACCCAGGAUGGAACUGAGCUCGGCAGGUCUACCUAGGUCCUGGGCACUGACUACCAUCUCUGCCUUCAAGCUAUGGGGCUGUUCUGAGAGGUGUGGCCCUGGCUGUGGGAGAUGUGGCUGUGACUGUGGGAGAUAUGACUGGCAGUUGGGAGCUUUGGCUGUGCUGGGAAGUGUGGCUAUGACUGUGCUAAGUGUGGCUGUGGCUGUGUUGGGAGGUAUGAUGGUAGCUGUGGUUAUGGCUGCCUGGGCACUGGGCAUGAGUAGGGUAUGGCUGGGCUCAGUCUCCCACCUCCUGGGAGCUUUUUCUGCCUGGUGUCCAUACAGUGAUUAUUGCUGUCUGGUCACCCCUGCUGCCUCAUCUCUUAGCCCCUCUGCUUCCCCAAACCUUGUAACACGGCUCCGGUAUCUUCUUAGGAAGCCAGAGCAGUAUGGCCCCCUGUCGCUUUGGGACAUGACUCGGCUGGUGAACAUUCUGAUUGUGAUACGCUUCCUGCGCAUCAUCCCCAGCAUAAAGCCAACGGCUGUGGUAGCCAGCACCAUCCUGGGCCUAAUCCAGAACCUGCGGGCAUUUGGUGGGAUCCUGGUGGUGGUAUACUAUGUGUUCGCCAUGAUUGGGAUCAACCUGUUCCGAGGUGUCAUUGUGCCUCCCGGAAACAGCAGCCUGGUUCCUGAUAACAGCUCAGCUCCGUGUGGAAGCUUUGAGCAGCUAGGUUACUGGCCCAACAACUUCGACGACUUUGCUGCUGCUCUGAUCACACUGUGGGACGUGAUGGUGGUGAACAAUUGGCAGGUGAUCCUGGAAGCCUAUAAGCACUACUCCGGCCCGUGGUCGAUGGUGUAUUUUGUGCUGUGGUGGUUGGUGUCCUCUGUCAUCUGGAUCAACCUGUUUCUGGCUCUGCUUCUGGAGAACUUUCUCCACAGAUGGGACCCUCAAGGUCAUAAGCAGCUCCUGGUUGGGACCAAGCAGAUCACCUACGAGAUGUCUGUGGAGCUCAUGUUCAGAGAUAUCCUAGAAGAGCCCAAGGAGGAGGAACUGAUGGAGAAGCUACACAAGCAUCCACACUUGCAUCUGUGCAGGUGACAUCAGAGUGGCCUCUAGCUGGGGCGACAGGACAGAGAUGCUGGCGUGGCCCAGGCUGUGGAGACAGCAGCCGGUCGAGAUUGAGCAUGAAAAGAUGGUACCUGGGACAGACCACUCAAGGAUAGACAGAGGCUGGAAUAAGGACUCCUCUCCUGCAGCUGCUCAGCAGUAGCCACCGUGCAAUCUCUGUAGCCGUGACAGACUGGUGGUCAGCACUACAGGACGGCCUUCUUCCAUUUGCUGUUCUUCAGAGCUGCCUGGGUGACUCACUAAGGAGAGAGAUUUCCAAGCAUCCUCAAAGCCAGGAAUGGAGAAGGCCUCGGCUGUCUUUUACCCACAAGCUCAUCUGUGCCUUCAGCGUCAGUGGCAUUUGUGAACUCAAGCCUGCCCAGGACAGUAGCUGGCAGGUUUCCAGGGCAUCAGGGUCAUGUGUAGGGAAUGUCACCUCUUUGUUUCAGUGCCUAUGGAUGUGAUAGGCGUGUCGGGGGGGGUGGGUCACUGUGUCAGCCAUUUUCUGUUUUGUAAAGAAGGAGAUUGUGUUUAUUCUGACCUCUCCCUCUACCUCAGGGUUGUUGGGUAGGGAGAGCACCAGGUUGUAAGGUGAGAGCUCCCACCUGUGAUGAGAAGCAUCUUUUAAUGACAUGCACAAAGACUUGUAAGCCCAA